GAGUUCUCUGACUCCGCCCCCUCAUCAGCCUUUAUUGGAGGCAACUGACCUUCCCUUCUUUUCCUUUUUGGAAAAGCCUCAGGGAGAGCAGAGUGGGUGCCCUGUCUCCUGUUUUCUGUAGCUGUUCUGGAACCUGCAGACUUCAAUUUGAGGAAAUGUCAUUCAGAUUUGGCCAACAUCUCAUCAAGCCCUCGGUGGUGUUUCUCAAAACAGAACUGUCCUUUGCCCUGGUGAACAGGAAGCCUGUGGUACCUGGACACGUCCUCGUGUGUCCCCUCCGGCCAGUGGAGCGCUUCCGAGACAUGAGUCCCGAAGAAGUGGCUGACUUGUUUCAGGCAGCACAGAGAGUCGGCACGGUGGUGGAGAAGCAUUUCCAGGGCACCUCGCUCACGUUUUCCAUGCAGGAUGGCCCCGAAGCUGGACAGACUGUGAAGAUGGGCGUAUCAUGUCUUUCACCUGAAUCGCACAAUUUAUUGCUUUCUUUCAUGUUCAUGUCCACAUUCUUCCAAGGAAGGCUGGAGACUUUCACAGGAAUGACAGCAUCUAUGAUGCGAUGCAUCAGCUGAGCGACUCAGCCAGGUUGACCUUGUCCCAGGACCCAAGAAGAGCCAUCUGGUCCUGAAUCAGAACAUCGUAACUUCAUCCUGCUCCAGGAUGGACAAGACCUGGCUCCAUGAGCUGGUCUUUGGUUGGCCAACUCUCGUGAAGGAACAAGAGUGAAAGACUGUUAGUGAAUACCUUAAGCCCUCAUUUGGUCGUUGUCAAGAAGAAGAACUGUGGUUGGGUUGGAGUCGAUUAGUACAUCAAAUCAGGCUCCUGAAACGCCAUAGCAGCCACCUCCACUUCCCCUUGCCCUGUCGGCUCACCCCCACACGUAUGAAUGAAGAAAGGCUCUUGCUUAUGGCAGGUCACACCUCCAAGCUGCCUGUUCUCAGACUUGCAUGAAUCCUCAGUCAUCGCCCCAUAUAGCUGAUGUCAAGUGCUGAGUGUGGAAGCAGAGUAGAGAGGUGACACAGUUUUAAUUGAUAUUUUAAAGAAAGUUCCUUAGUGGUGGCCAUCUUUUCUGUCCCUCACCUCUCUGGUUAGACCCUGAGCUUGCAUCAGCUCAUUAACUUUAAUAGUUUGGCCUUUAGCUUCUCUGCCUUGUGUGAUGUACCAGGCUUCACUUCUGCUGUGUAAUUUAAGAGGAGAGACAUACUGCUUUCUUUCUUUUUUUUUUUUUUUUUCCAUCAGAGGGCUUAGGUCUUCCAGGGUUACUCCGAGUCAGAGUUUCAUUUUAAUGAGACAGUGCCAGAAAAGGAACAUAGGGUGCCAUUCCUUCAAAGAGAAGUACCCAGAGUCAUUGGCCCAACAUAGUACCUGUGAAGUUGCAAAUUAAUGGAUUAAGGUAGAUGCUGAUAAAGAGGUAGAGUUGCCGAAUCAAAAUCUGCCAGGGAAUAUUGCAAAUUCGAACAUUUUUCUACCGAUAAUGAAAAGUGACAGUUUCCUCCUGCCUCAGUGCUAAAUCCAGCAUCUUUUCUCUUGCAAUUUACAUGGAAAUAAUGAAUGUUUUGUGUUAAGACCUUCCCCUUCCAGGGAACAGAGCUUCACCUCUCUAAUUUUUAUUGAAUUAGCUGCCAGCAUGCAGGAAAUUUCAUGUUAGCCUUUGGUCCUAGAAAAUCAUUUCAAAAGACAUUGUAAAACGUAUACCUAAUGAAAGCUAUGUGAAACAAAACCCAGCAUGACUUAUCUUUGAGGCUGUCAUGUACAGUUAGGUAUGUAUAUUUAUUGUAAGGAACUACAGUCAAAAGUAGCCUCUGUGUACUUAGUAUAUUUUCCUGUAAUAUUGUUGAAUUCUGUCCAAAAUUGAAUGAGACUUUUCCUGUACUGCAGAAUUAAUACAUACCUCAGUCUUUUAGCUACUCAUAUUUAUAUGAUUA